AUGAAUGAGAAAGAUUAUCAAAGAAAAAAGAACAAAUUUCUUCCAAAGAUACAUGCUUGGGUGCAGGAGCAUGGUGGUGAAACAAUAAUCCCUUUCAGCUGUGCUUUAGAGAGAAAUCUUGCUGACAUGCCCCCAGAUGAAGCUGGCAAAUAUUGCGAGGAGAACAAAGUACAAAGUGCGCUUCCGAAGAUCAUAAAGACUGGAUUCUCAGCCAUUAACCUCAUAUACUUCUUCACGGCAGGACCAGAUGAGGUGAAGUGCUGGCAAAUUCGUCGACAGACAAAAGCUCCUCAAGCUGCAGGGACAAUUCAUACUGAUUUUGAAAGAGGGUUCAUUUGUGCCGAGGUCAUGAAAUUUGAUGAUUUAAAGGAACUCGGCAGUGAGGCAGCCGUAAAGGCUGCUGGGAAGUACAAACAGGAGGGGAAGACGUAUGUUGUCCAGGACGGAGACAUAAUAUUCUUCAAAUUUAACGUCUCUGGGGGCGGGAAGAAGUGA